UGAGUCAUUUGACCAACGGUCGCGGGAAGACUUUGACCACGCUUGUUGUAGGUGGGAGGAGUAGCUCGCCAUUCAAACUACGUUCGUAAACAAAAUUGUUUUUCUUUCUGUAUGAUUUUGUGAAGGUUUUGCGUUUUGUUGGUUUUUGGAUUUUAGAGCUUUUAUCGUCGCACUGUCUUGCGUGACUAUUAGUUAUCUCACCUUUAUCGCAGUGACUUGUCUGGGGAGGUUUGAGACUCGGUGAAGAAGAAGCCAUUUUUUUUCAGACUUGGCCGCUUUGGUGCUGCAUCGAAACAAGUCAGCUUAUAAGUCGGUAAGAGCUUGUCUAAAGGGUUGUGUGGAUAUUGGGAUUGGCACUAGACUGUAUUUUCUCCAGUCGACGGCGGAAAACGACGGUGUUGGUAUUUUUGAAGUGACAACUCUAAGUUGUAGUUAGCAUAGUGGCUAAUGAGUUCUAGGAGUCGUUCCGUCUUUACAGCGGAGACUCCUGUUAGCGAAGGUUAGGUAGUUUUUCUUAGGCAGUUUGCGUUUCGUCAUCCGUUUGACUUACGUUAUUCUUAAAAAAAAAAAAACAUAAAAUAAGUCUUGGUCUACUACAGCGUUUGAGUGUUCGGAACCCUAUAGCUCUCAUUCGAGAGUUUCUGGUGGUCGAGAAAAAUGAGUUUCGGCUUCCGACGGCACGCAGACGUUUCUCCAAACCUUAGACCGAUUCGCCAUAAAUUACAGUUUUCAAACAGCGAUGGUGAAGAGGACAGUAUUGAAGAGGCCAACAACAGUACCGGGGCUGAGUCCGGCUUCACCGAGCUGGAUUCUCCACUAUCUCUGCGGAGAAGCAGCACGGAUAAGAGACCCGACGAACUGAACAGCAGUCCACUGAGUCGAACCAGAGAGGACGACGAUGCCGAGUCAUGGGACGAGGAAGGAUUCGGCUCUCCGUCCCACCUCAAAGUGAGCUUUUGUGGGAAAAACUCUCCGUCGCCGAGAAAAAGUCCCCACACUUACGACAGCUCACCUGAGAGGACGUGCAUUCAGGACGAAGUGGAGGGAUCGAGCUCUCCGAUUCCUGACUGUCCCGAUACACCACCCCAUAAAACCUUCAGAAAACUGCGACUGUUCGACACUCCACACACUCCCAAGAGUUUGCUGUCCAGAGCAAGAACUUCAGCUUCUUCAAGCAGGAGAGUCGCUCUUUUCAAGAAUGUGGAUUCCAAAGUAAAGGCUUGUCUCGACGGAAGGAGAAACCAAACACCUCUGGUCAACAUUAACCCCUUCACCCCGGACUCUGUGGUCGUCCAAUCAUCAACUAAACAAAGAAACAAUAGAAAGCGCUCUCACUGGAAUGACUCCUGUGGAGAGGACAUGGAGGCCAGUGAUGCUGAGAUUGAGGAUGAGAUAAUUCCACCUUCAAAGAGAAUUUCAAUGAUGGAGAGUAACAUGAUGUCCAGAUAUGCGUCAGAGUUCCAUGAACUAGAGAAGAUUGGUUCUGGAGAGUUUGGCUCUGUGUUCAAAUGUGUGAAAAGAAUAGAUGGCUGCAUCUAUGCAAUUAAGCGUUCCAAGAAGCCUUUGGCAGGAUCUGUGGACGAGCAAAAUGCAUUACGUGAGGUCUAUGCACAUGCAGUUCUUGGACAGCACCCUCAUGUGGUUAGAUAUUACUCUGCCUGGGCCGAGGAUGACCACAUGCUGAUCCAGAAUGAGUACUGCAAUGGUGGCACCUUGUCUGAUGUUAUUGCUGAGAACUACAGACGUAUGCACUUCCUGUCUGAGCUGGAACUAAAGGACUUGUUGCUGCAGGUCUCCCGUGGGCUCAAGUACAUCCACUCAACAGCGCUUGUGCACAUGGACAUUAAGCCAAGUAACAUAUUUAUUUCAAGGAAGUCUACAGUCAGUGUGGAGGAGUUUGAAGAUGAGGAGGAUGGGCCCAGCACUAAUGUCGUAUACAAAAUAGGUGACUUAGGCCAUGUAACCAGGGUAACUAAUCCACAAGUUGAGGAGGGUGACAGUAGAUACUUGGCUAAUGAAAUUCUUCAAGAGGAUUAUAGCAACCUGACUAAGGCAGAUAUCUUUGCUUUGGCUCUGACUGUAGUCAGUGCAUCUGGAGCUGAGCCUCUGCCAACCAAUGGGGAACAGUGGCACAAAAUCCGACAGGGGAUCUUGCCACAUAUCCCACAAGUACUCUCUCAAGAAUUUUUAAGCUUAUUAAAGCUUAUGAUUCAUCCUGACCCCACAUGCCGGCCAUCAACAUCUGACCUCAUCAAGCACCCAGUGUUGCUUACUGCCUCCAGGAUGAAUGCUGAUCAGUUGCGUGUGGAACUUAAUGCAGAAAGAUUCAAGAAUGCCUUGCUCCAAAAGGAGCUGAAAAAAGCUCAGCUUGCCAAAGCUGCAGCAGAGGAGAGAGUUUUAUCUACAGACAGAGUCCUGACACGUUCCACAGUUCAGUCUAGCUCCAGGAGCUCUCGGCUUAUCGGAAAAAAGAUGAACCGAUCUCUCAGCCUCACCAUUUACUGAACUCAAAAAUUAACAAAGAAAAUGUCCCCCAGUGGGAGGUUCAUUGGUGCUGUAUCACAGAUUUCAAACGGAAGCCGUUUUGUCUAUUAAUGAUUGGAGAGUUUGCAUCAUUUCAUGACUGACUGCUUUCCCUUUUCUGGUACAAGCAAGAGGAUUUUGGAUGGAAGAAAUCCACACUUUCAUAGCAACUGAAAAUCUCAGUUCAAAUGUCAGAUUGUACUGGCCAUAGACUGCAUUUUAUUGCAAAGUCAAGUUCUAUUUGAAAAAUUCGAGUUUUGCAUGUAUUUCAUUUGUAGAUAUUUCUUAAAGUAGAAAACAUCCUUUUCUUUUUUUUUCCAUAUCACUUCUCAAAACUUCAAGGUCUGAAACCCUUGAUCAACACACCUGAUGUGUAAAUGUUCCAGACUUACGACUUGUGCACCUUACUGCCUGUAAAAUGCCUUAUGUUGAGCAAUGAAGGUUGGCCCCUAUGUGUCGAUUACCGUUAAACUGAGCACUUUGGAGGCAUUGGGGAUCUUGCCAGAAAGCCUGCUGCUAUUCAUGUUUGUCCAUGUCCAGCUGUGGUUGGAAAAUAUACAUUUUUACCAUUCUUUUUUCCACCUCAAUCAUUGAUCUUUCUUAUACAGAUGUUUUAAAAAUAUUCCUUUCAGGUUGUUCUUUACAGAAAUCACAUGUAUGCUUUUGGUUUUUCAGGUAGACAAGAAAUAGAACUGAUCAUGUGUACAUGGGAUUUGGUUUCAUUUAGAAGCUUCAUCGUAAGCUAAUUUGCCUGUUUGUAGCAUUAAACAAUUGCAUACUUUUUGCUUUCUGUUAUCAGUUAACAAGUCACCAUUUUGUUGUCUGUAUUGUCACUGUACUGUUACUAGUGUUCUCUUUCGUUUUCCUCUGAGAUCUUGUAGCAUAGAACAUUUUGCUCCCCCCCCCAUGUAAAUAUGUUAUUUUAAUAAACUAGAUGACACAUAA